UCCCUACCCCCCUCCAGGCCUCUUCGUGAAACAUCUUAUUCUCAUAGCCCUGUAUCCCCUAGGGGAACUUUUCAAACAAAAUUUUUUUUUACUUUCUAAGGAUAUUUCGAUACUGCGUAAUAGAGAAUUGAAUGCUGAUCGUUACCAGAUAAAAUCAAGGGGGAAACAGCGGAGACUUCACGACUGAAGUCUCAUGAAGUCUUGAAAGUCUUUCGAAGUCUUCUGAAGUCUCUUGAAGUCUUAUGAAUCCUCAUAAAGUCUCUUGAAGUCUGAUGAAGUCUCUUGAAGUCUUCAGGAAGCUUUGAAAUACAUUUCAGUGAUGGGAUCGGUUCAGUUCGAAGCUGAGUCGAACCGAACCAAAGCGAACCGAAACCGGUUCGGUUCGAAAUUUUGAAAAAUUCGGUCGGUUUUGUUCAGUUCGACUUGAAAGUUUUUCGGUUCGAUUCGGUUCGGUUUGAAACAUUCGGAACCGAUUUCCAUUCAAUUAUAUAUUUAUGUAUAUGUUUAGCUUUCUUAAAAUGCUCUAUGAUACAUCGUUACUUAUUCUUUUCUUUUCUUUUCUUAUUUUCUCUCUCUUCCUCUGUUCUCUUUUAUUUUCCUAUCCGACGGUCACAAUUUCAAUAAAUUAUCACUUUUUUCUUCUGUUCUAAAUAAAAGAACAUUCCAACAAAAGAACAUGUUGGACGUUACCUUCCUUAUGUUAAAUAGUCUGGCUUGCAGUAGAGGAGAACUAUUCAUUUUUCUCUAUGUAUUUUGCUUCUAUAUUUCUCUUUUUCUUAUGUAUGAAAAUAUAUCUAUGUAUGAACGGAAAAGGAAAACAGAAGAUAAGAUUUCGAAUAGAUUGGGUUUUGGCUGAAUGUAGCCGAUGAUAUUACAUAUAUCAAGCUUCGUUACAGAAAGAGAAACCUGUAACAGUCAUAUACGCUAAGAGUGGAUAAAGCAAUUGUAACUAAUUUUUUGUUUUUACUCAAUUAUUCAUAGGUUUCAUUCAGUGUAUUUUCUUACACACUGCUUUCCAGUAUGAAGCGCUGAUAUAUCUAAAUGUCAAUUGAUUAUCAUGUUAUAAUAACUCUUACCUGACGAUGAAAACGUUACUUUCAUUUUAGCAUUCAAAAGAAAAAUAUCACAAUGAAUAUUUGAGUUGAGAAAGUGUCAUCUAAAUGAAAUUUCAAGAUAGGUCGAUAAGGAAAGCUGGAAAAUUUUCAUUGACAUUGUCGAUUUUGACAUCAUAGGUUGAUUAUUCUAUGAAUUUUAGAUUCUCUUUGUCAUAUAAGUCUUGUAAGUUGAGUGUAAAAAUGGGUUUUAAAAUGUAACAAAGUACGAUUGUCAACUAUUACCUAAUGUUUUGCUAUUACAAAGAGUGUAGGAUGUAAAAUAUAAUUCCUAUACAUUUAUACUGAACGAUAACAAAAAGUACCUUGAAUGGCUCCUGAUUAUCAGAAAAAAUAACUAAUCACUGAAAAGAAAUUAGUCAUCUAUAAUUGAUAAUUUCUUUUAUUCUGAAAGCGACAAUACCAUAUUCUUAACAUUUGUGCGUCGAAUUUCUAGUUCACUUUUGGAAUUAUUAAUGACGUUUUAAGCAGGCCUUCAAUAAAAGUUUUCAUAGGAAUAGUCUGAGAAAAAAAUAGAAGCUUUUUAAACUUCUUUAUUUCUUUCAUUUUUGAAUCGGUUCGGUUCGGUUUAAAACUUUUUCGGUUUGGCUCGGUUCGGUUCGAAGUUUUUAAAAAUUCGAUCGGUUUGGCUCGGUUCGGUUUGACAUAUUUUCGGUUCGAUUCGGUUCGGUUUCAAAAAAACACGAACCGAUCCCAUCACUGAUACAUUUCGUGCAUGAAAAUUCACAAGAAAUCAAUGAAAUUGUCUUGUUUUCGACGGUCUUAUUUUAGUAGAAAGGUGAACAUUUUAUUGUUUUUUUUAAUGCACUGGAAAAAAUUCAAGCUUGUUUGAUCUUAGAAAACAUGAUAAUUAAUAAGUGAAUGCUUUUUGAAUGAAGUGGUUUAUUUUUAUAAGAAAUUUUCCAUCUAUCNAUUUUCAAAACGAGUACCAAGAUCAGGUAUCAGUGUGCAUAAAAUGAUGAUAUCAACUAUGAACACUAUGCAUACCACAAUGAGACUUAAUAACAUGCAUUUAAUUACGAUCUCAGACUAACCAGAGGAUUGGUCCACAGUAAAGAAUAAAAGAAAAAAAAAUAUUACUAUUUUAAGUUUAGAUUUUCUUAAAUGAUAACAAUUGAAUGAAUUGAUGGAACAGUUUGGAGAAAAAAAAAUGGCAUGACAAUGAAGCGAUCUAAAGACAAAAAAUAUGGUUAUAAAUAAAGAAGAAGAAAAAGAAUGCCAUAUUCAUAGUAAAUAGCUUCAUUAAAGACAUGGAUAAGAAAUGAUGGAUGAUGCUGAUAUAUAUAUACAUUUGUGUACUUUACAUGAAAGCAUGAGUAUGAUCAUUAAGUUAUCUGAUUGAGAAUAAACCGAGGUAUUGACUGAAUCAUUGUUUAAUGUCACAUUUUAUUCAUCUGUCUUUUCUUGAUUCACGAAUUGUUCCUGUGACGAAUAACAUUCUUAAGAUCUGAACGUUGUUUAAGAUAAGAUCUUAUUAACGAAUUAACAAUAAUAAGAUGAAGUGAGAGGCUAUGAACUUCAAUCCGAUAAUUCUUUUGUCAGAGUUUGGAAACACUUGGUUACAUAUAUGUCAAGAUAUUAUAAAUUUCUUUCUUAUAUAAAAAGAUAAAAAUUUCUUUUUUUUCGUGACUUUAGGAGUGAAAUAUACUUAUACAUCAGUGUAAUAUUAUUUUGACUGCACUGUUAUAUAGUAUACAUAAGAAGAAAUAAAUGAUAAUGUUUGAUUUACUGCUACAACAGCUAUGGUUAUUUCAUUGGAAUUUACAAAGAAUAAUUUUCAAAAUGAUGUAAAAUUAAAUAUUUUUAUUAAGAAUAAAAAAUAAGUUUUUUUUUUAUUUGAAUAGAAAGAACAACUUUAUAUCAUGCAAGUUGUAUGUGAAGUAACAUAUCAACAAAUUUAAAAGUAAAGAUAAAUUAUUUUAUUUGAAAAAUUUUCAUUAAAAUUAAUAUUUUUCUUAGAUUCCAGUAGCAUCUUUGCGGGACCUCGUUAAAAUCCUCACAUUAUAUUAUGAUUAUAUAGAAUUUUAUAUGGAUCCUGCUUUAUUUGUUAUCACUAUGGAUACAAUGAAAUCUUGUCAUGAUGAAAUAGCUUUUCAAAGCAUUGAAUUUUGGUCAAAUGUUUGUAAUGAAGAAUAUGAAUUACAAUUACUUCAACAAGAAAACAAGAUCGUCAACCUGAACAAACAAAGUCGUUAUUAUGUCCGUGGUACAUUACCAUAUUUAGUACCAGUCUUACUUCAACGUUUAACAACGCAAGAAGAUAGUAAUGAUGAUGAUUAUGAUUGA